ACAGGUGUACUGCUCAACUAGCCAAAAGUGCAUUGACUGCGAGUACUCAUUGGUGCGCCUCUUCAUGCAACUAUAACACAUCUAAAAUAACUAGCAACAGCAUCGGCAUCGACACCGACAUUAAAACAAUCCACUGCCGGAAUGAGUUUUCCUGACAAAGCGCAGCGCGCCAAGUGCUGGUCGACACGUGAUGAAUACUGGAAGUGUCUAGACGACAAUGCGCCCAAGCACAGCUCAACGAGCGGUGAAAAGGUGCCAAAUGCCUGCCAGAAAAUGCGCAAGGCGUUCGAGCAAUCAUGUCCCGGACAGUGGGUAAAACACUUUGACCGCAAGCGCACAUACGAGCAGUUUAAGGAAAAAAUGGCAUCUGGGUACGACCCGCUGGAAUCCACAAAGGCUCAAGAUUCACCCAAAUGAGUAGGCGAAGAAGAAGUGAAGGUUCAAAAUGUUACGCUGUUUUCUUUUUUUUUUUGUAUUGUUAUAGUGUAGUGUAAAUAAAACAUAAGCAUUAGCAUUAUGACUACGCUAA